AUGCUAGCACCAAUAACUAGUGAGAUGGGGUCGGUUACGGAGCAAAAUGCUGUUGAGAAGGGUAAGGAGGUUGCAACCGCUUCCUUGGACCUGUAUAGGAACUUGUGGGUGAUGAGUUCAACUCCUGCACCCGCUAUCACACCUUUGCCCAACGAGGCGGUCGCGACCAGCGCCAAUGGGAUCACGGUCGCUUUGGCUCUGACUGAACCGGUAGUCUAUUUGCCUCAGUUUGAUCCAGCCGACCCAGCUGCUUCAAGAUCAGUUAUGCUGAGUGGAAAUUUGCGACUCAGAUUGACGAAGGCUAUCAAGAUAAAGAGAAUUGAACUGGUGUUCAAAGGCGUCGCACAAACGAAGAUGUCUAAUGUUGCGACAACGAUGAAGGUACGCGGGACAAACGAGGCGAUAACGAACUUCAAUCAAAACAAAGAGACCAUGGAUAUCUCUCUCCAAACGAAUUAUGAUCACGGUUAUGGAGCUGGUAGCGGCGAGCCCUGGGCCCGUCGAGUUUUGAGGUUACACCGAGGCUACAAAGUCUUUGCUCCAGGCGAUUACACUUAUGAAUUUGAACAAUUGAUCGAUUCACAUAACCCAGAAACAAUUGAAAACGAGAUGGUUUCUGUCAAAUGGCUCCUUCAAGCUGUCGUUGAACGGUCAGGAGUGUUUCGGUCUAACCUCGCUGGCAUUCGCUAUAUCCCCUUCAUCCGGAGCCCUAUGGAGGGAUGCCUAAAGCAGAUUGAGCCCGUUGCGAUAUCGAGAAUCUGGGAGGGUCAACUCUAUUACAACAUCACUAUUUUCGGAAAAUCGUUCCCUUUGGGGUCACAGAUACCUAUUGCUAUAAAGCUCAUCCCAUUCGCAAAAGUUACUUGCCGUCGUAUCCAAGUCUGGGUGAUAGAAAAUGUGCAUUUUCGUGGCAAGGCCAAGCAUCACGCCGAGCCAAUUAAAAGGUUCCUACUUUUCGAGGAAAUGGCGCAUUCGGCAAGUUCCAGCAAAUAUCCCAAUCGAGGGGCCACGGUCACAGGAGAGGAUUUUAUUGAUCACAAGCGGAACAAGUUUCUAGGUGGUCUCAGUCAAGCCGGGCCAACUGAAAUAGAAUUGAAUGUACAGAUCCCCAACUUCCAAUCCAUCGCGCAUAAAGGGGAAAUGGAAAUGUUGCAUUCCGACGCGACAUAUGAAGGUAUCGAAAUCGCUCAUCAGGUUAUGUAUGAUAUGAAGGAUCGCAACACUAGCGGAAGCAACUCCAAACUUCAAAGCCCUAGAAAUACAGCUCAAGUUCUCGCUUUUGACUUCCAAGCAACCCAUAUCGUUAUACCUACAUAUCGGAAACGGCUUUUGGUGCUCUUCUAUUUUGAAUUUGGUCCAAAGCAACAAUUCCUCUUCGUGCUUGCUUCGUUUCAGGGCCACAGCGCGCGUGCCCUGAAACGAGGAACGAGUGAAGGGGUUACUACCCUGCGUGAGCGGCCCGCAAAGUUUGGCAGCAUACGUACUGCAAAAUCGGUCUACAUUCUCGCCGCUAAUUGGUCAAUUUUCGCCGCCAAGACCGUCUCUAUCUGUCUUAGCUGUUCGGGUUCUAGGGUUCUAGGGCUUCUUUCUGCGCUUCUUGUUACGUUUUACUUCUAUGACUGGCUCGUCCUUCGUUGUAAAACUCUCUUCUUGGCUUAA